AUGCUGUAUCAUCAGUCUGAUCUGGAGGCAGCUGCGGCUACGAGUGGGUAUACCAGUGCCAGCUCUACUGGAACUGAGACUGGAACUGGCACUGCUAGCUCCGAGGCUACGGGAACUGCUGCUUCUACGUCAAAUCCUGCGUAUAGAAUCGGUGGCAGAGCGUCUACUUUGGAUGGAUUUGGUGCACUCAUGGGGAGUUUGGCUGUUGCGGUGGCACUGGGCGUGACCAUGAUUAUCCUGUAA